GGGCACGUCGUGCCAUACCAGCCAAAGCGGUAGCUCCUUCUCCUGCCACGUUGACUCAAUGGGAUUUGGCACAAAGGCGUCUCAUUGCAGCAGCCAAACGCCAUAAAGUCUCAAUCAGCCCAGGAGGUCUGGACAAAAAGGAGCAUAUUCAAACUGAAAUCACUCAGUGUCGUGAUUUCUCGGGUAAUCCAACCACCCUGGCCUAUUCAAGUUCAAGCUUGCAGCCCAGAUCGUCAACAUUGUCCGGCAAUGACAGGUCCCAAUACGUGAGGAAGCAAAACAACACUUCAAAUAGUCUGAUCCUACAGCCUCCAAUUCAUAUGCCAAACAGAGACCCCAAACAAUCUGCCUCUGAUGCUUUGUAUGUCAAUGACAGGACGAGCACAGGGCGAUCUGGAAAACCUAUGACACACCAAGAGCCGUCCAAACCUGGCAUUGUCAGGAACACGCUUCUGAUGCGUAGUCAAAUGUCUAGCCUCCCCUGCUCAACCAAAGGAAUAGCAUUGUCGAGGGAUACGGCUGAACCUGGGAACAAUAUGACCCGUCAAAAAUGGCCCGUAGCUAAUGCAGAACGUCUCACAACUAUGGCAGCGGCACGGGACCCCUCUUUGAGGGACCUGAAUGAACUCCCAACCAAAAUACAUCAGAUGGCUAGGCCAAAUGACCAAAGUGGAACCAGUCCGAAUAAUUCAAGCUUACAGCCUUCAACUUCUAUCUCAACUGGGGAUAUCAGUCAAAUCCCUCCUCAAACUUUACCAACUGAAAGCACCAAUCCGCUGCCAGAACCAUUACCCACUAAAGAAUCAUCCAAUAGCGGCAGAGGAUAUAGGGCCGCACCCAACAGGAGGCGGUAUCCCCCACUCAGGCCUUGCUAAUUGGCAGUAAUUACACUAUAUGGUGCACUUCAAAUGCAACUGUGGUGAUGAUUAGACCCUAUUCUGGGAUUGAAGCCCAUUAGAAGUCAUAUAUGACUUGCUUUAUCUUGCAUGCAAAACACUUUAAACACAUUGCUCCACAGUAGGUAGACUACUAAAAUAUACAAAUAUAUAUGUUGUUGGCCCCGGC